AUGUAUGCAGCAUCUGGGCCACUGCGCCCAUGGAAUUGGACGUUAUGGUUUCUUCUGUUUGUGUCAAGUACCUGGGCCUUCUACAUCCCUGGUUACUCGGUCACUCGGUAUAACGACGACCAACCGAUUCCUCUUCUCGUGAACAAAAUAUUCUCCGACAAUACCCAGCUCCAAUAUGCCUACUUCGACCUGCCCUUCGUCUGCCCUCCAAGUGGCCGAUCACACGCUGGCUCACCCUUCGGGUCCGGCGAGAGCAUCUCGCUCAAUCUGGGCGAGGUACUGCGCGGCGACCGCAUCAUGACCUCUGACUUCGAGCUUGCUAUGGGAAAGGAUGUAGAGUGCCAGUCACUCUGCACUGCUGAGGUUAGCCGCAAGGAUGUGAAAUGGGCUCGCCAGCUUAUCAAAGAGAACUAUGUGAUUGAGUGGAUCGUCGAUAAUCUUCCAGGCGCGACCAGCUUUGUUACCGUUGAUCGAAGCCGCAAGUAUUAUGCCUCCGGAUUCAAGCUCGGAUACCUCGAUAUCUCCCCCGUUACCGGCCGGCCUCGCUCCUUCAUCAACAACCACUUCACGAUCGUUAUCCGCUGGCGCAGUGCACCGGAGGGCGGUAAGGUCAUUGUCGGAUUCGAGGUGUACCCCAAGAGCAUCAGCGCCGAGGACCGCAAGGAGGACGGCUGCCCCAAGGCUGUUCACAAGGACCAAGACCCAUUAGGCUUGUUCAUUGCACCGAACACAUCGCGCCUCAAGGAGAAGUACCAAGGACUGUCAUACAUCCCAGAGGAGGAUGACGAGGAUGAUGACGGUGCCAUGCUGAAGAUCCCUUACACCUACUCGGUUUACUUCCGCGAGGACACCAAGGUGGAGUGGGCGAACCGCUGGGAUUUGUACUUCACUAACCAGGAAGAGGGGUCGAUGACACACUGGUUGGCAAUCAUCAACUCCUUGACGAUCUCCACUGUGCUGGGUGUGACCGUCUUUGUGAUUUGGAGCCGAACUGUUCAGGGCGAUAUCAAGGGCCGUGGUGACGGUGCCAUGGAUGACCGGAAGCCGAAAGGACAGCCUCGGCGAAAGAGAUCUGGCGAGAAGAAGGGCGAUGGGCUGUUGGAAAAUGACGUGGAGAACGACGCGGAUAUGUCUUCUGAUGAUGAGGGCUUUGAGGACAACAGCGGUUGGAAGCUUCUUCAUGGCGAUGUCUUCCGAAUCCCAGCCUACAGUGGCCUUCUGGCUCCGCUGAUUGGCUCGGGCAUGCAGCUAUUGUUCAUGGCCACUGGACUACUUGUUCUCAGCUGCCUGGGAAUCUUGAACCCCAGCUUCCGUGGUGGAUUCGUCAGUGUCGGCAUGGGCCUGUUCGUCUUUGCUGGUCUUUUCUCUGGCUAUUUCUCAGGAAGGCUGUACAAGACAUUCGGCGGAUCAGCUUGGCGGAAGAAUACUGUCAUUACAGCCCUGUUGUUCCCCGGGCUAUCCUUCUGCCUCGUCUUGAUCUUAAAUCUGUUUGUCUGGGCUCAAGCGUCCAGCACGGCCAUCCCAUUCGGUACCUUGAUCGGUCUGCUCGCUCUUUGGCUGCUCAUCCAAGUCCCUCUGGUGUACAUUGGUAGCUGGUUUGGAUAUGUGCGGGCAAACCCAUGGGAGCAUCCCCUGAAGACCAACUCCAUCCCUCGCCAGAUCCCACUCCAACCCUGGUACCUGCGCAGCCCUACAGGUCCCCUGCUAACCGGUCUGCUUCCCUUUGCCGUCCUCUUUAUUGAACUUCUCUUUGUGUUCAAAAAUCUUUGGCAGGAUAAGAGUGGCUACUACUAUGUGUUUGGUUUCCUGAGCGUGGUUUCAGCUGUGCUCAUGGUUACCGUGAUUGAAGUGACCAUCAUUGCGACAUACAGCCAGCUUUGCUCCGAGAACUAUCACUGGUGGUGGCAGAGUUUCCUGACCGGCAGCAGCAGUGCAUUCUGGAUCUUUGCCUACUGCAUCUGGUAUUACACCUUCAAACUGCAUAUCACAGGCUUUGUAUCUGGCUUGCUAUUCUUCAGCUACAGCUUCCUCGCUUGUGCUGUCUACGGUCUCUUGACGGGAACAGUCGGCUUUUUGGCCGCAUACGCCUUUGUGCGGCGAGUCUACAGCGCAAUCAAAGUUGACUAA